CACCACGGGCGGCGUUGCCGGCUCAGUCGCUGUGCGGGAGUGGUCGUUGAGGGAUGUGUGGUAUCGCAACCGAGAGUGUGACCGAGGAAUAAAGAGCCGGCGUUUUAGUUUUCACUUGCGUUCCACGCUCUCUCUCGCUCGUCCGUCUCUCUCUCUCUCUCUCGCGCGCGCGCGCGUUAUUCCCUCCGGUCAGAAGGAAGAAGAGGGAGAAUAAGGAGGAAAGAAGGAACACGGGAUAACCCAGUCAGUCGCCGUGUUAGUAGCUGUCGCAGCGACACACUCGCCAGGUUAUCUUUCUAGACUCGCCCGCGGCCCCUCCCCGCGCUCUUGCCGUUCGUCGCGCCGGUUCACGGCUCCGCGUACGGAUCGUGUGUAUUUACGUCACUAUUUAUUGUACAAAGGACCUUAAGCUAAGCCAACACAAUGUCCGUGGAUAAGGAGGAAUUGGUGCAGCGCGCAAAGCUUGCCGAACAGGCAGAGAGGUACGACGAUAUGGCGUCCGCGAUGAAGGCGGUCACCGAGACGGGGGUGGAACUGUCGAACGAGGAGAGGAAUCUGCUCUCGGUCGCAUACAAGAACGUCGUAGGGGCGAGACGUAGCUCGUGGCGGGUAAUCUCCUCCAUCGAGCAGAAGACCGAGGGCUCCGAGCGCAAACAGCAGAUGGCCAAGGAAUACCGGGAAAAGGUCGAGAAGGAAUUGCGCGAGAUAUGCUACGACGUGUUGGGUCUCUUGGAUAAGUACCUGAUCCCCAAGGCUAGCAGUGCCGAGAGUAAAGUGUUCUACCUCAAGAUGAAGGGUGAUUACUACAGGUAUCUCGCAGAAGUCGCCACCGGUGAAACCAGAAAUACCGUGGUAGAGGACAGCCAGAAGGCGUACCAGGACGCGUUCGAAAUCAGCAAGUCAAAGAUGCAGCCUACCCACCCGAUCAGGCUAGGUCUCGCCCUGAAUUUCUCUGUCUUCUAUUACGAGAUUCUCAACUCACCAGACAAGGCCUGUCAGCUGGCCAAACAGGCGUUCGACGACGCGAUCGCGGAGCUAGACACACUUAACGAGGACAGCUACAAAGAUUCCACGCUGAUCAUGCAGCUGUUGCGCGACAACCUCACUCUGUGGACCAGUGACACACAGGGCGACGGGGACGAGCAACAGGAGACCGGCGACAACUAACCUUCCUAAGCUUAAGUCCUUUCUAAACCUAAUAAGAACAUCCUAUUCUCUAUCGUCCCCCCGUCCCCCUGAAGUGCUCACCCAUGUCCAUCCACCCGAUCCAUCCAUCCAUCCGCCUGUCCUCUCGUCCCUCACAUACCUCGUUUCCUUCUGCCUUCUUUCCUUCCUGUCGCAAUCACCUCUUCUCUUGGAAUCUUUUCACUUCAAAAACCGAUCCUNCUCUCUCUCUCUCUCUCUCUCUCUCUCUCUCUCUCUCUCUCUCUCUCUAUCCUGACACGACCGCACACUGCUGCCGAUGCCACCGCUACAAGCUGCUACCCGUUCGAAAAAUUCGAACGUUGAGAAACCCGAACAACCCACUCACGCUCGACCGUGCCCGUGCUGUCCAUGAUGACCGAUCAACGUUGCUGUCCGGGAAAGGAAGGACACUUCUCCAAAAUCGAACCUGGACUCGCGUAGAGAGAACAUUCGCGAGAGGGAGGGGGGAGAAAGAAAGAAAGAGAGAGAGAGAAGGAGAAAAGCUUUCCUAUAUUUCAUCGUUGUGGGAAUUGGAUCAUACUGCUCUCUCUCUCUCUCUCUCCUUCUCCGUUUACUCGAGAUAGACGAACGGGGGCUAAAGCGCGUUCAACAUGCGUCUCGUGCACGACGAGGGAAUAACGCAACAGUGGAUUCAUCAUAACGGCGUUGACGAGCUUGGGGCACGGUCGAGUGCCACGUGUGGAUCGUUCGGUCUCUCUCGGGCACU